AUGGGUGAAGAGACAGUGGCUCCAAAUAUUCAGCAGGCGCGAAAGAGACACCGCGCCCGCCACCAAAAAUCGCGCCUUGGGUGCUUCCCUUGCAAGUCGCGACGGGUCAAAUGUGACGAAGCCCGUCCUGUCUGUGGCUCUUGUUCUUCCCGCGGUGAGCCAUGCUCCUUCCCCGAACCCCCAGCAACUUCCGACAGAACACCAUGGGAACGGCCACGCUUCCGGCAUCGCGGUGCUGGGAGUUCUCAUAUCCAUGACUCGCAACCCUUUCUGAAACCAUUGGAGAUAUGUGCGUCGUGGUCGGCGAGCAUUCCCACUCCAGUAAAUGACCACUCGUUGAAUAUGGACAACCUCCUCUCCAUGCAGUUUUUCCACUUGCACACGGCGCAAAUGAUGUCCCUCAAUCCGCAACGGAGCAUGGUCUGGCGGCGGGUGAUUCCAGACCUCGCUGCAAGCCACCCCUAUCUUAUGCACCUGCUCCUCGCCUUGGGUGGUAUACAUAUGAUCGCGGAGCACACCAGGCAACGGCGAGGCGAGAGAGAUGCAGUAGAUUUGCUGGUGGUAAUGGAUCAUCAUCAGCGAGGGCUACAGGGAUUUAGGGAAGAGGUGGCCAGGAUAUCCAAUGCCAAUGCUGAAGCUGUUUACGCUGGAUCUCUCCUCCUCGUCGCGUUCGCCUAUGCGUCCCUCCAGGUCCCGGAGCUGAACCCAUUCGCUACGACUCUAUACCAACAACCACCCGGACCGAUUUGCAAGCUCCAUCUGAGCUGGCUACAUCUUGUCCGAGGGGUGUCCACCGUGAUCCGUGAUCAAUGGCCUGCCUUGAAAGCCAGCCGCAUGCGGCCGAUGGUCCUACAUUUCCAUGGCGAGGAGUACUGGGAUGAUCUUCCAUUUGUUUCAUCCUUGUCCAAUCUCAGUCACUGCUCCCCGCGCUUUUUAUUAUUUGCCCAGGGAACCUGUCAAGCCAUCGCGGACCUGAGGGCUUCUUGCGACGCCAUACAAUCUCCCGAUAGCAAUGGGCUCCGCUUAACUCCCGGAUUUUCUCCGGCGUCGUCGGACUGGGCGGGAGAUGCACCAUCAGGAGCCAUAGACAUCCUGGAAACAGUUUACUCGCGCGUUGUGGCUGUGUUAGAGUGUUCGAUCCGCGAAUGGGGUUCGCCAGAUGAUUCCCACAUCCAGGCCAAUCUUGAAGAGGCCGCAGUGCACUCUUGGCCGAACUUGGUUUCAGAUGACUUUAUCGCCUUGGUGGAUAUGGACGAACCGGAGGAUCUUGGCUGGGGACUUUCGCUGGUCAUCUUGGCUCAUUACUAUGUCGUCAACACCCUCAUGGACUGCUGGUUUCUAGCGUCUUUCAAAGAGGAAAUUCUUAAGAUUCAAACAGCCGUCUCGAAUCUUCACAACGCUCAGUUAAGCCAGCUUAUGAUGUGGCCCGUGAAGGUUGCUACCACUUGA